UUCGUUUCUCGCUUCGACUACAACUUGCAACAAAAAAUUUUCUCGUUGUUAAUUUGUAUCGCGCGCUGAAAUAUGGCUUGCUUACAGCUGAAAGAAGAGAAAUCGCCCGACGAAACAAAUGAUGUGAUUGUGAUACCUGAUCGCGAAGAUGAUGACAUAUGUGAGCUGGAGCACUUGCGUAAGCUGUUUAUCGGCGGACUAGCUCCGUACACCACCGAGGAGGGAUUGAAGGUGUUCUAUGGUCAGUGGGGAAAGGUGGUAGAUGUCGUUGUUAUGCGCGAUGCGACUACCAAAAGGUCGCGCGGCUUCGGUUUCAUUACCUAUACAAAGUCCGUUAUGGUGGACAGGGCCCAGGAGAACCGUCCACACAUCAUCGACGGAAAAACUGUUGAGGCUAAGCGGGCUCUGCCACGCCCUGAACGCGAAUCGCGGGAGACUAAUAUAUCUGUAAAAAAGCUGUUCGUGGGCGGACUAAAGGACAACCAUGAUGAAGAUUGCUUGAGGGAGUACUUCGUCCAGUUCGGAAAUGUGAUCUCUGUUAAAUUACUUACUGACAAAACCACGGGAAAGCGCCGUGGUUUCGCUUUUAUCGAGUUUGACGACUACGAUGCCGUAGACAAGGCUAUUCUUCAAAAGCAGCAUUCAAUUAAGUACGUUCACGUGGAUGUUAAGAAGUCAAUCUACAACCUGGAGAAGAAGGACAAACAGAUGGGAGGUAUGACCAACGGCAUCAAGCCGCCGGUCAAUCACCAACAACAACAGCAGCAGCCCCAAAUGCCUCCACCACAACAGCAACAUAACGGGAACAUGGCGAUUCCUUACCGCCCACCUGUAACUCCAACCCAAGUAAUGCCGCCCUAUAAUCAACAGCCACCACCCCCUCCGAUGAACGCCCCACCACCAAACUACAACUACUGGGGAGCUCCUCCACCGCCUAUGCAUCAAUACUAUCAACAGCCGCCUCCGCCUCAGAUGAAUGCCUGGGGUCCAUAUCCACCGGUCCAAAACGGUUGGAAUGCACCACCACCACCGCCACCCGGGGCCCAGCAAUGGCACCCCAGCCAGUGGGGUUGUCCACCGCCAGUGCAACAGAUACCUCCGUCUGGCGGAGUGCCACCACCUAUGGGUCAUAAUGGACCGCCUCCUCCAGCUCCUGGCAGCUGGAACAUGCCACCAAAUGCCCCGCCACCAGUGCCUGGAGCACAAACUCAACAAGGUCCGCCACCUCACCAACAACCCCCGCAACAGCAGCAGCAACAGACAUCUCAGCCAAACUUCGGCACCGGAUAUCAACAGAGCUAUGGAGGCGGACCAACCAAACACAAUAAUAUGAAUGGAAACCGCAUGAAUCCUUACUCAGCAGCCCCGCCCAGCAACUACCAUAACCCCCAACAGCCAGCAUACCCGUCUUACAAUGGAGCUCCGCCUCUGAAUGGAAACGUUAAUUCGUCGACUGGCACUAAGGCGGUGGGCGUCUCUAACGGCUCCGUGGCCACUGGAGGCAGUGCCAACAGCAAGUAUCGCCGCUAAACGGGGUGAGUAUGGUUGUGAUGGUGCAAUCGCAACCAGACACAGCCCAUUAGUCGUUCUUUUAAAUGUGGCAUAUGCAUAAGAGUUACCCCAAUACGUCUUGCCACCUAUAUACUACCCGCCACAGAUGCACUACGUCUGAAGUCCGUGUUAAUUUAUUAUUACUAACGUGUAAUAUUUUCUUUGAUUUAGAUGCUCAAGAAUCAAGAUACAGUUAAAUAAGCUCGUUGAUAAGCUAGGCCACACUCUCUUAGAGUUUCUAAGAGGAGUGUUAACGCAUUGUCUCUCUUUCAUAGGACACCUAACUAUGGUUUUACUCUACACUUAAGUUAUACCAAUGAUUACUCUACGAUUGACCUAAGCUAUGCCACAGAAUAUUUUUAACAUCGUCUUGGAGGAAGUGAGUUCGUCUCCCAUUUCGAUUUACUUUAGACCUAUAUAUGUAACUCAGAAAUCGUAGAACAACCAAUUACGAUAUAAAACUAAGCUCUCUCAAUCCAAUUAUCUCUAUAUCUGUAAAAUGAAGCAGGCAACCAUGAGAUAAUAUUUGAUUUAAAACAAAGGUGGACGGACAAUUGCAAGCAGUAAAUCAAUUAAUAACUAGAUACAUAAUAUGCAACUGUAGCCUGAGCUUAUUGGCCCAAAACGAAUAGCUUAAUCGUAGAUACCUAUGUAUUACCAAAACCAUUCAAAUAUGAUAUACGUCCAAAAGAUAAUGAAAAUAUUCGGAUCUGAAAUCAAAUGAAACACUGAACUGGCAGGCCAGGCGCGGGUGCGUGGCCUUAACUAUCAAUGUACACAAGAGUUGAUAUCAAAACUAUUGUCAAUUUUUAUAAGGAGAGAAUCGGAAGCUUAUAUACUGACACAAUGUUAAAGGUUUCUACUAUAACCUCCCACGACAUUUACUUAACUCUUUUUUUUUCUUUAAUUUGUAUGACAAACUUAUGUAAGAAUAAAUAAAAUCUGAUAAGAUUGUAUGUAUGUUUUUACCUGAUCCAUGACACGAACUUAAGUUAAGUUUAUAUAUUCAGAUUAUCUAGAUGUACGAUUCAUCCUCUCUCUUUCUCCUAUAUAAACUAAAGAGCACGCCAUGGGCUUUGAAUUGAUCUAUGAAUUAAAAGAAAUACAUUAUGUUUUAAGAUAAGAGGAGGCUUAGUCCGCCUUUAGCCAGCUUCAUUUAGAGCUCCUCUGCUUCUUAUACAGCAUACAACACUAACCACUUAAUCGAACUAUAUAUCGAAAUCAAUAUUUAUUUUAAAUAAAUAAAACUUUAAAACAA